GUGUAAACUGAUCAUCGGUGGUCGUAUUACCUCUGUAAAUCUUUUAUCCAAAUUGAUGAUAAUGUGGUUCAGCCCUAUUUCUGAAGAGGAUUACAUGCUUCGUCAACAGCUGGGAACGUUUUUCAAUGUUUAUGCAUCAUCUUUUGCCGGAUCCCAUUAUAUGUUUCAACAAGCAUUUUUGCCAACACUGAAGACGCUGUACGAUGCUCCGAUGGACAGUCCUUUACAUGAAAUUGAUCCUGAUGAUGUAGCCAAGUUAUUGAUUAAUCUAAUACUUGUCAGAAUGAACAAGGAAAAGGGACCCAAUCCGCAUAAUAGCCUUGCCUUAGCCAUUUGCAAGGAAAUUCUCAACACAUAUGGUGCAAAUCUUGGGAAUGUCCCUGUGCUUGUAAGAUCUCUGUUACCCCUUCAGUUGUCCUAUGAUGAACCGGAGUUUCGGGAGAAUUUUGAGCAUUUGUGCCGUCAAGUUUUCGAGCUUCUGGAAGAUGCGAACAAUAAAAUACUAGCAAAGUACAUGCAGAAAGUCAUUUACAGAAUUGAAGCGGCGGAAGUGAAGGAUGGCACACAGCAGUCUGAUAUUAUGAACACAGAACUGCCGUCUGAAACAACUGCCAGCAAUAUGAACACUGCCAAAGAUUCACCUAACGCUGUAAGUAAAUACAAAUCUACUUAAUGCUGCAUGGAGUUCAGGAAUUGGGUUUGUAG